UUUGCAUGCGUCGCAAAUUUGCAACACUGGCACUUAACAACACUGCACAGUCGACUGCGCGAACCUUUGUUUACAAACUUAAACAGAAACAAACAAAAAAUGGACGUGCCUCUCUCUGAAUUCAAUUCACUUGACUUGGAGCGAGAACUCUACGCUCGCGCAAUGGAUACCGAAGGCAGCAAGCAGGAGCGCUAUGAGCGUCUGUUGGCCGCACGACCGAAAGAAACGCAUCCUUCAAAACGAGGUACGAUUGCAAAGUUCGGCGCUCGCUUGCAGCUGGGAGAUUUUGCUGAAAUUAAGGUCUACAAUCAGGCUGAAUUUGAGUUGUUAUCUGGCAAGUUGAAGUGGAGACUGGAGCAUGUGCGUCGCACAGAAGACGGCGAGAGUUUGGAGUAUUUUCAUCCGGACGUGCUCAGUCGCAUUGAUCGCGCCAAAACAUAUAUGCUGAAUAUGGAUGAGUUUCUGGUGAGACAAGAGCCAUAUAUUCACAAGAUUUUUGCUAUAUUCGUAUCACGCACUGGCGGUCAGGAACCACAUCUUUGCUAUGCCCGGAGCCUGGCCAAAUUGCGCAGCUGGGAUGAAAUUACCGAGGAAUUUGAAUGGCCACUGAUAGGAAGUGAACACAUUGCCAAAUCCUUGCCCAACGGCGAAAUGGAUAAUACUGAGCUGGAGACGAAUCUCAUCACAUCCGAGAACAUUGCCAAGGCGAUGACGUACAUAUUGACUGUGAUUCGGGAGAAAGGAUUGAAGAACUUUGUGGCGAUAGCUUGUGAUCAGAAUAGGCUCAGUUUGGCAGCGGUGACAAUGCUGGUGGAGGCCAGUGGACAUGUAAUGUUGCCUUGUGUCUUCGAUACGAGCGAUCUACAGAAGUCCCUGAGGGACAUGUUCUGCUCGGCCUGUGUGCGUUGCUCGGUGCGUGUCUCCAACGAGUUGUAUCUGCAGAGUAGCUACGAGGAGCAGCUGAGCAGGAUAUGCAAUAGCAACAGUACGAAGAAUAUGAAUGCAGUUCUGCUGCUCAUGGACUAUGUGAAUCGUUUACCGCAAAUCCUGCUCGCCAUGUGGCACUUUGAGGAGCAUCGAGAUAAGCCAAUCUCCUUGCUUGGCCUGAACAAUAAAUUGGUGAAAAUCUAUGGUUCGCAUUUAAGGAGAGAACUGCCACCGAUCACAUUUGAGAACUGUGCAGCUGGCUCGGGUCUGUUGCAAUUGCUUGUCUUCGACGCCUUGUGGCACAUAUCUCCAGAGCUUGAACCAGAAGAACUCCAUCCAAGAUAGCUCCAUUAAAAGUAAAUAUCUUGUAGUUUUGAAAUUUUAUAAUCAGUUGCUAAUGUAUAUA